AUGACCAAUGCCCUGGAGCAGAAAGUGAAGGAACUGCAGGGGGAUGGUGUUUCAAGAAGAGCAGAGGAUGAAACAAGUGAUACUGGGGGUAAUCAAGAGCUCCAAGAACUUGUGGCAUCUUUAAAGACUCAGCUGCAGGCCGAGAAAAACAGGGCAAAAAAACUCAAGAAAAAGGGGGAAGAUUUAAGAUCUCAGCUUCAAAUUGUAAAUGACAACUUGACAAAGUUGGAGGCAGAAAAACUUGCCCAGGAGCAGAAGACAGAGGCUGAAAGGGAAGCGAGACAGAGAAAGGAGGAUUCAGAUGAAACCAAGAAGGUAGAAGAGCUCCAACAACUUGUGGAAUUGUUCAAAACUAAGCUGCAGGCUGAAAAAAACAAGACUAAAACCCUCGAGAGCGAACGAGAAGAAAUCAGGUCUUUCCUUCAGAAGAUUGCCAAGCGGGCUAACCAAUCAGAGGCUGAGAAGGUUGUCCUGGAGCAGACUGUGAGAGAGCUGCAGGAGGAGAUCAUGAGCAGAGCAAAGACUGAAACAAUUUACCUCUCCAAGAUUCAGAAGGACCUUAAUAUAUUUGAGUCCCAAAAUAUUCUUCUGCAGGAAAAGGAGCUGACAGCUGACGACCUCAUGACACAACUGGAGGAAGUCAAGCAUCAGCUUCUGGACAAAAGCAGCAAAGAGAUGAAGCUGACUGAAGAGGUGACAAGAGAAAACGAGUCUCUGAAACAGACUGUGAGGGAGCUGCAGGAGGAGAUCAUGAGCAGAGCAAAGACUGAAACAAUUUAUCUCACCAAGAUUCAAGAGGGCCAUGAUGUGGUAGCUUCCCAAAAUAUUCUUCUGCAGGAAAAGGAGCUGAUGGCUGACGACCUCAUGACACAACUGGAGGAAGUCAAGCAUCAGCUUCUGGACAAAAGCAGCAAAGAGAUGAAGCUGACUGAAGAGGUGACAAGAGAAAACGAGUCUCUGAAACAGACUAAGGGUAGCCCAAAUAGAAACCAAAUGAAGAAUACAAUAUUUGAUAAUGUGUUUCCCUGGCCAGUACACAGGUCACCAGGGCCUCCCCUGGAGCUAG